AUGGACAUCCCCGCCUUCGCAGAAAAGCAAAUAGAGCUUCUCCAGGCCGAACGCGAUGCAGACAUAACUCUACAAACAGCCCUCCUUGCAACCCUGCCACCCAUCGCUCUUCUCCGCCACGGCUUCGCACUGACAAACCUCCUCCCAAUCUCCCAACGCACCGGUUUUGGCGGACGUACAAUCAUAGACCUCGAACCCGACCCGGCAAUAUUCCGCACCGGUCUUCUUCCCCCACAUGGGAUCCGCCAAGGCGACAUAGUCCGAGUAGAAGCGCAGCCAGGAGGCUCUGCUAGUAAGAAGGAGAAAACCGACGUUAAGGCUGUUGGGGUUGAGGGGGUCGUGCAUAGGGUUUUUGAAGGACGGCUUGCGGUUGCGGUGGAGGCUGCGGGGGAUGAGGUUGAUAGGGUUUGGACCGGGAAGAGGUUGUGGGUUGUGAAAGUUGCGAACGAAAUUACGUUCAAAAGGAUGGAGAAGGCUAUGGGGUUUUUGAAGGCUAUGGGGGAGAAGGGCGACAUAAUCGGGUUGGCGGACGUUCUAUCUGGGAGGAGGGCUGCGAGGGAGGUCGGAGAAGGGUACGAGAAGAUGGAGGUGAACUGGUUUGAUGAGGGGCUGAACGAUAGUCAGAAGCAGGCUGUUAGAUUUGCGCUCGCGAGUGAGGAGGUUGCGCUGAUACUUGGACCCCCGGGAACCGGAAAGACACAAACAUUACUGGAAAUUAUCCUCCAACUUGCCACUCCUCCAAAAACAAGCUCGUCUAGUCCCCCGAGCCCAAAGAAGAUCUUGGUAUGUGGGCCAUCAAACAUAUCAGUGGAUAACAUAGUCCUCCGCCUCCCAUCCUCUCUCCCAGUAAUCCGUAUGGGGCACCCGGCCCGCCUCCUCCCAAAGGUUAUAGAACGCAGCCUGGAUAACUUAACCCGUACCUCUGAGCAGGGUGAGAUAAUCACCGAUGUGCGAAAUGAGAUGGACGACCUCCUAUCGAAGCUCAAAUCGACCGGAAAGACUCGGAUGAAAGGUCGUGCCCGAAAAGAAGGCUGGGAAACAGUCCGCCACCUCCGGGGGGAAUACCGUGAGCGAGAGAAGAAGUGUGUUACUGAGAUUGUUAGGUGGAGCGAAGUUGUAUUAGCGACACUCCAUGGCGCCGGCAGCAAACAACUCUGGAGCGAGAAAUUCGAUGUUGUAAUCAUUGAUGAAGGCUCGCAAGCCCUCGAGGCGCAGUGUUGGAUUCCACUACUAUUAACAAACAAAUCUGGCAUUCAAAAAUUGAUACUAGCCGGAGAUCCAAUGCAACUGCCACCAACAAUAAAGUCGCAGACAACAGGCGCUAUCCCAAAAACCCCAAAGACAAAAACAGAAAUACCGGAUUCGCUGGAAAUAACGCUAUUCUCGAGAUUACUAGCCAUUCAUGGCGGAGGGAUCAAGUGCCUGUUAACCACGCAAUACAGAAUGCACGCGACGAUUAUGCACUUCCCUAGUCAGGAACUGUAUAACGGCUCCCUGAUUGCUGCACCCUCAGUUGCCGAGAGGUUGUUAUGCACGUCACUCCCCUACCCUGUAACCAAGACCGAAGACACCUCCAUUCCACUGCUAUUCAUUGAUACACAGGGCGGCCUCUUCCCCGAAGACUCGUCUCCGCCCACCCCCAGCACCAAAUCCCCAGCCUCAGAGUCAAAGUCCAACACUCUUGAAGCACGCCUCGUCGCAGCACACACCCACGCCCUUAUCGCAGCUGGAGUCCGCCCAGAAGACAUCGGCGUGCUAACACCCUACUCCGCCCAAGUCUCGCUCAUAACGAAGCUUCUCCGCGGCACGUACCCAGCGGUAGAAGUUAACACCGUAGACUCAUUCCAAGGACGGGAGAAAGAGGCGGUGGUGUUCUCGCUCGUGAGGAGUAACGACAAAGGGGAGGUGGGAUUUUUGAAGGACAAGCGGAGAGUGAAUGUGGCUGUUACUAGACCGAGAUGCCAUCUUUGUGUUGUUGGUGAUGCGGAGACUGUGGGGCAGGGGGGGAAGGGGACGUUUCUAGGGAGGUGGAUUGGGUGGCUGGAGAGUGCUGAGGGGGUGGAGGUUAGGUAUGCGGAUGUGGGGGAGAUGCUGGCGGGAUGGGCGGGAGGGAUUGAAGUUGAGGGGGAUGAUUAG